AUGUCUGACUUAGGUAGAAAGAACGUUUCCGACAAAGUAACUGAGGCUGUCAAGCCUGACAGUGAGAAGUCUACCUUGGAGAAGGCCAAGGAGAGUGCCACUGACGGAUUGGACAAGUUCGCUGCUAAGGGUACUCCAGACAACCAAAAGUCUUUCGCUCAAAGUGUGUCUGACAAUGUCCAACAAGGUCACGAUGAUGCCAAGAAGGCUGCUAACAAUGAGCAAGCCACUUUGGCCGAAACUGCCUCCGAAUACGUUGACGCUGCUAAGGAACAAAUUGCCAAUGCUGCUCAAUACGUCAGUGGUGUUGUUACUGGUGCCACUGAGGGUGCCAAGGACGCUUCUAACGACUUGAACAAGAAAUAG